UUAGUUCAAUAAUUAGGCAACUACAGCAAUCCAGAUACGCUCCAAGCAUAACUGAAGAGAACUCUUCUUUUGUUUCUUUUUUUUUUUUCUCUUGUUCAACGGCUGUGUUAUACACGUGGCUAAACUGAUCCGAAUCUCGGACGUAAUAUAAUGACAUAUCUGUUUGUCUUCUUUUUCCUGUGCUUUGCUUCGCUUUCCUUGUUCUCCGGGAGCUGACGAGAAGAAGAGGGUUCUAUAUUUUUUUUUUUCCUUUUUCUGCUUCUGCUUUUAGCUUUACUGGGUUUUAUCUUCAAAUUCUGGACAUAGAAAUGGCAGAAUACGUCUAUGUCUUCAACAAGGAUUCUCUUAUUGUAAAGCCUCCGAAGAAAUCUCCAUUGCUCUUAAGGAUGAUCGCUUUACUAUUUGGGAUGGUUUGUGGCAUUUUAAUCUGCUCAAUCCGGUUAAAACAUAUGAGCACUGGUGCCAAAUUUAAAUACCAAAAUACUGAUAUUGACAUUGAGCUAUCAGAGCUUCCUGGCCGUAGUGGCACCAACCAGUUAGAAGUUCAUCGAUUGCAUUACCCAGAACCCCAGACUUUUAGCAGAGCUGAAUGCAAACAUAAUCCUGUAAGAUUGUUUGCCAUAAUAUCAAUGCAAAGAUCAGGGAGUGGAUGGUUUGAGACCUUGUUAAAUAGUCAUAUUAAUGUGAGCUCAAAUGGGGAGAUUUUCUCCAAAUUGGAUCAGAGGAGAAAUAUUUCUUCAAUUAUAGAUACCCUGGAUAAAGUUUACAACUUGGAUUGGUUAACUAGUGCUUCCAAGAAUGAGUGCUCUGCAGCGGUUGGAUUCAAGUGGAUGCUCAAUCAGGGGUUGAUGGAGCACCAUAGAGAAAUAGUAGAAUACUUCAAUCAUAAGGGUGUUUCCGCAAUAUUUCUCUUUCGACGAAAUCUGUUGCGUCGGAUGGUUUCUGUACUUGCAAAUUCCUAUGACCGCUAUGCUAAGCUACUGAAUGGAAUCCACAAGUCUCAUGUGCAUUCACCCCAAGAGGCCAAAACACUUUCAAGCUAUAAGCCCACCAUCAAUUCCACAUCAUUGUUAGUUGAUCUGAAGGUAGUGGAGUCAACAGCAACUCAAGCUUUAGAAUACUUCAAUAAUGCUCGCCACAUUGUUCUAUAUUAUGAGGAUCUUGUUAAGAAUCCUUCGAAAGUAAGAGAUGUUCUCGAGUUUCUGAGGCUCCCGCAGAUGGAACUAACAAGCCGACAGGUUAAAAUUCACAAAGGUUCAUUGUCAGAACUUAUACAGAACUGGGAUGAAGUCAACAGAACACUCCACGGAACAGUUUAUGAGAAUUUUUUGAAUGCUGACUAUUAAAGAUGACUGCUCUGCUAACUAGUGAAACGGUGUGAAUACCAACUCCAACUGAUUUCGUUAGAGACAGGAUGAUAUACCUGAUGAAAUUUUGGCUUCCACUAUGUAUCUCUGGCUUCCUCAAUCCCUCGUCGAGUAUGUCUCUGAUCUUAUUGAUCAUAGAAACACCAUGUAAAUGUCAGCUAAUUAAAGCAAUUGUAAUUUCAAGUAGUUACUUUUUUCUUUA